GGCAUUUUAUUUUUCUUGUAAUUAUAAUAAGGUGGACACGAGCCACUUGUACAAGAAGAUCCUUGGGUACAAUUUGCUCUUCAUUCGAUCGAUCAUUCCCCCACUCAAUUCGACUCAAUUCAAUAGCAAAAGCAAGUACUUUAGCGUAAAAUCCACUGAUUUUCUCGGGCAUCUUUUAACAUGCAAACUUGCGCCUAAAAAAGAACCGUGCACCCACUAUGAUUAAGUAUCGAUUUUUUUUUCAAUCCUUGUUUUGAAUACCCGUAAAAUAUAUAUAUAUGUCACCAAUAUUCUAAAAUCCCAACUUCUUUACCCUUCUUCCUUUCUCACAGCUUUACACCUAUAAUACAAAUCAAACCAAACCAAACCAAACCGAACCAAAAUAAUAUAAUACAAAAAAGUCAAUUCUUUCAUAUAUACAUACAUACAUACACGCAUAUACAUAUCUUUACAAAUAGUCGGACUUCUGACAAAAUAUCCUUUUCUUUCUCUCUCUUUCCCUUCUGACCUUGAUGACAACUGCCCAAGCAGCAUGGGGUCAUGCCUGUCUAUCAACAAUAACGAUUCCACAGAAGAACGCAAACGUCAACGCGAAAUUAAUAAAGAACUAGAAAAUGAGCGUAUUAAACAAAAUACCCAGACCAAAAUACUACUCCUCGGUGAUGGAGAAUCGGGAAAAUCAACGAUCCUAAAGCAAAUGAAGAUCAUCAAUCAGAAUGGCUAUUCAAAACAGGAGCUUUUUGGCUGGAGAGUCAUUGUGUUUCGAAACAUUAUAGAAUCUGCCCAAGCAUUAGUACAGGCUACCCGGGAAUUCGGUUAUUUAUUUACGGAUAAUAAGACAUUGGAGGCAAGUCUUCACCGUUAUGCAUUCCCCGGAAUUGCACAGCCUAGUUUGGAUCGUGCAUUUGUCAGGAGUGCUGCUCGUCUGUGGAAUAAUCCUGUCAUAUUAGAGAUGAUUGAGGAAAGGGGAACUGAAUUUUACUUGAUGGAUUCUGCACCAUAUUUCUUUGAAGCCCUGGAUCGAAUAGGUCAACCUGGAUAUAUACCAACCGAACAAGAUGUCUUGCGGGCAAGGCACAGGUCGACGGGAAUUACAGAAAUAUGUUUCAAGAUGGAAAGUUUAACUAUAAGGAUGCUGGACGUUGGAGGUCAACGGUCAGAACGAAGAAAAUGGAUCCAUUGCUUUGAAGCCGUUACUUCUGUUAUAUUUUGCGUGGCCAUGAGUGAAUAUGACCAAGUGCUUUUGGAAGAAACAAAACAGAAUCGUAUGCUUGAGAGCCUGGCGCUUUUCGAAUCAAUUAUUAAUAGCAGGUGGUUCUUGACCUCUUCAAUCGUAUUGUUUUUGAACAAGCAAGACUUGUUUGAAUCCAAAAUCCAGAAAAUUCCACUUAGCAUAUGCUUUCCAGAUUAUGAAGGAGGCAAUGAUCCGAAGAAAGCAGCCAAAUAUAUACUGUGGCGUUUCUUACAAACCAAUCGUGCCCGAUUAACCAUUUACCCACAUCUCACCCAAGCUACUGACACAACAAAUAUUCGUUUUGUAUUUGCUGCAGUCAAGGAAACCAUAGUACAGAAUGCAUUACGAGAGUCUGGCAUGGUUUAA